AUGGCCUCCCUGGUUUGCUUCCCGUUCAAGGAGGAAGACGUCACCGUUGCUGUUCGCAACGUUGAAAUCGCAGCGUCGCACCCGUCGGUAUCCGCCGUUCUCGGCGUGGGAUUCUCCAAGGGCGAGACAUGGCACGCUAUCGAGACAGCCGCAGCAGGCAUCGAGAAGCGCACAGGAAAGCGCGUUAUCCUGCGCCUGCAGCGCCGGAUAGGCAUGAAUCUGCGUGGCGGCAAGGGCGACGGCAUGAACACGGCGCUCCAAUUCUUCGUCGAGCAUCGCGAGUUUGAGCGGCUCCACUUCUACGACGCCGAUAUCACCUCCUUUUCCGGCGAGUGGAUCUCCAAAGCCGAGAAGCAAGCUGAUCUCGACUUCGACAUCGUGCGGCACUACUUCCCGCGCUCCUCCACCGACGCGAUGAUCACGUGGCUCGUCACUAAGAUCGGCUUCGCGCUGCUCUGGCCGAACUCGGUGCUUCCGCACAUCGAGCAGCCGCUGGGCGGGGAGCUGCUGCUGACGCGGCGCGCGGCGGAGGUGCUGGUGGCGGACCACCGUGUGCGCACGCAGAGCGACUGGGGCAUCGACACGCUCUACACGUUCGUGACGGCGCAGGCGGGGCUGCGCUUGGCGGAGGUGUACGUGCCUGAGGGCAAGAUGCACGCGCUCUACGGCGGCCUGCGCGACCUGCGCACCAUGCUCAUCGAGUGCUUCUCCGCCGUGCAGUCGUUGAAAUCCGAGGACCUGAACGACGAGGGUAACCCGGUGAUUCACCGAGUGGAGUUCGCGCGGCCCGUGCCGGAGGCGGUGCGGAGCAAGGUGGGGUACGACGUGGAGAAGACGCUCAAGCUGCUUAAGGAGCCGCUCACGCCGCGCAUGAAGGACCUCCUCCAUCAGUACUUCGACCCCGCGCUCGCCAAGGGUUUGAUAAUGGCGGCGGAGUGGCCGACGUGGUCGUUCUGCGACGAGGAGGCGUGGGUGGCGGCGUACAUUCGCUUCCUCGACCACUUCGAGAAGGGCGACGCGGACUGGGAGGAGCUGCUCUUCCGCGUGUGGGUCGCGCGCGUGCUCAACCACACCAUCCGGAACGUGAUGCGCGGGUACGACGUGGCGCUGGGCGCGCUGCGCGAGCUGGUGGCGGAGACGCAGCAGCGGUCGGCGGGGCAGGUGCGCGCGGAGGCGAGCAACCGAAUGACGCUCGCGUCGGGGCACACGGCGCUGGAGGCCAAGCAGGACGCCGACGCGUCGUGGACGCUCAUGCAGGCCGACUCGGACGCGGUCAACGUGCCCAUUGUGUAA